UGACAGCAUGAAUGCAGUAUGCCGGACGAGAUGAUCUCCUGAGUAAGCCGGCCAGCCUAUUGUACGCAACGUACAGGGUUUGCAGCGACCAUUUUACUGCUGAAAGUUUCAUGGACCCUGGGCACACAAGGCUUACAAGAAUGGUUGUUCCCAGUGUGCAACCAAUUGCACCAUGUUCUCUGAGCAUCGCUUCAAGUAGUGACUGGGACAUGACUGCAGAAGCCGCACUGCAAGGGUCUGCGGCAGAGGCUUCGAAAAGCGGCUCCCACACAUUGAAGUGCCCCGAGGAGCAGGGUGGCAGCUCCCAUGUAGCUGGUGAAGGAGUUCCUGCUGACUGCGUCUUGCUGGAGGAAACCUUGGGCAGUCGCUCAGUUGUCACAAAGGGAACAUGUGUGACUGGCUGCUCGCAAGAUUGUUCCGACAGCAGUGUCCGAGGUACUGAACCAGCUUCACAAGACUCUCCAGAAGAUGUGUCCUCCAACAGCUCCACGCCUGAGUGCCCUACAGCAAAUGGUGAUUAUGCUGUUAUUGCAGCUGUUUUCAAUGUGCAAUUUUAUGUUUAGGACAUUCUGAGCAAACUAGCACCAAUAAAAUGUCAUGGUGGGCUCUCAGUGAUUUUCAUUAUUAGGGUGCCAUUAUUA